AUGCCGAGCAGUCUCGGGUGCAAACGAAACGUGGAGGAUGGUUCUGCAAGUCCUCCAUUGCCGCGACCUGGCUCGCCCCUCUCGCUCUAUGCGAUUAUUCGCCAAUACCCAGGCAUACGUCUCUACAUUCAGCCCUUACUCUGGACCAAAGCUCAUCUACUGCUUUUGGAUUGCAACUUCACUCUUCAACAAAGACGGCCACGGAGGAUAGCACGUCCAGGUUGUUUAGAUCAUGUCCGCAAUACGAAGCUCUAUUGCGACACCCUCUAUGCUAUAGCCAAUCUACAAGAACGAAGAGGCGCAGAGUCCAGCAAGCUCACCGUUGAAAGAAUCCUUGCUGCCUAUAAUAUCUGUCCUUUACAUCUUGGAUGCCUGUCUUUCCGUUUCAAUCACCGGAUUAGGGUGCCCCUCCUACCGGAUCGUGUUUUCUCUCGAGAUCCGGGCUCAGCAAUUAUCGCCUAUGUUAGUUAUGACAGUAUACAAAAGCUUCGGCGGAGCAAUUUUCAUGGCUCCCGCUCCAAUCGAGCCAACGUACCCGUUUACAACAUCCGAGAGAAACUGCUACGCUCCAUUCAGCCCCGUAAUAAACACGAAGACCCAUAUAUCGCGGCGAUCCUAAUUGGGCUUGCUCAGCAGCAGCGAGCACGGGAACAGGCGAACCAACAAAAUAUCAGAGACGUAAUGUUAAACAUGCCAGGCGUUAUUGAAUAUGCCGCGCCACGUUCUACAGUGUCGACCCUGGCCCUUUCGCCCGGUGGCGGUACAGAGCACACCACCUGGGCCGCGUCCAAGUCCUUCAAGGUCAACCUGCUCGCGAUCAAAGGUCAAUUUCUCUACGUCUAUACUGCUACUAUACCGUCUGAGUUUCUCGACAGAUUCGAUGAGCCAUCAAGCUCCUUUCCACACUGCCCGGUGACUAUAGAAUACCAUUGUAUCUCUUUCCACGAACCAGACUGCAUGAUAGAGACGCUUCACCUGCUACUCUGCACUGGCUCCUGCCGGUUAUGCGCCAGGGGCGAGGCGCAAGUCGCUAACGUACUGCACCAAUACAAUAAUAUGCGGCCCGACGAUAAUAUACAAUACGAAGGCAGCUAUAAAGCCCUAGUCUCUUCGUUCCGGACCAUGUCGAUUGAAUCUAGAAACUAUUCUCGACAGGGCGUUGCCCCAAGCUUUCAGGUGAAUGUCUAG